AUGCAUCUGCAGAUGAAUAUCAUCAAUGAUGAUAUCCUACUCGCCAUCCUGUCUCGUAAAAACAGCGACAUCAAUUCUAUUCGGAUACUCGAUCAACACCUAGAAUACAAUAUCGUGAGACCAGGCAGCAAUUCAUGGAGCCAGGUAUGUCGACUCAUAGUUCUCUAUCAAAUACAAGGAAAAGAGGAUCAUAUUCCUAGCUCACCCAAAAAGAAAACUUUUUUCCUCAAAGUACCAGCCAAAUCUCCUUUAUACAAGGUGAUCGAAAAACUGGGCAGUUACGAUAAAGAGGUCGAAAUGUACACCAAAGUCGUACCUCAAAUGUAUUCCAUCGAAAACAACGAAUACUUCACACCAAGAUUUUACCAUCUGGACGAUAGAAUAUCACUGGUGCUGAAAGACCUGAGCAAAUCCGGCUACAAAUGCGCUGAUCGAAUCAAUCAACUCGACUUCGAGCAUUCUUCAUGGGCCCUCAAAUACCUGGCUAAAUUCCACGCUCUAUCAGUCAAGCUACACAAAACAAUCGGUUUAUCGGAAUCGAUAAAAAAGAAUCCUUUUGCAAAUUUGGUUGAAGACGCAGACUCAACGACGCCUGACGAUACAUCUUCAGCUUUCACGUCACAGAUUCCAAUGUUCAUCGACAGUCUACCUCAGUACUUGAAAGAUCAAUUUCCUCACAUGGUCUCAGAGCUGAUAAACUUGUCGUCGCCAGAAAGUAUCACCAAAAUGGCCCAGGAUUCGGCCAAUGCCAAGUUCAAAGUUUUGAAUCACGGUGAUUUUUGGACGAAUAAUAUCAUGUUCAAGUAUCACGAAGAAAAAAGCACGAUUAAAAAAGUCAAAUUGAUCGAUUUUCAGCUGACUUCGUGGUCUUCUCCGGUCAAAGAUUUGAUUUAUUUUACCCUGACGAGUGUGAAAUUCGAAGUAUACGUAGAAUAUUUCCCUCAGUCUUUGAACAUUUAUCUGGAUACAUUGAACGAAGUACUUGGAAGAUUGGGGUGUCCGAUUUAUGAUACGGAGAGCUUCAUGGAGGAUUUUCAAGCGAUGUAUCCGUUCGCUUUGAUUGUGCUGUGUUGUGUGCUGCCUCUUUUUGUAUCUGAUCCGGAUGAUAUCAUCGAUGCUGGACAAAUGUGUGUGGGUGAUAAGUUUCAAAUGAGUGGAUUGGCCAAAGCGUACGAGCAGAAAUAUUUUCAGAGGAUUUCAGUCAAGUGGUUUGAACAUUUCGCUAGACGAGGGUCGAUGAUUGGAUUAGACUUAUGAGAGCGAAGGUCA